AUGAGGUUGUGGCGCGAGAGGGCGCGGUGCUCGAGGCCGUGGUGGCAGAGCGAGAGGCCGGGGCCGAGAUUGUGGACUUCGGCGGAUUCGGGAGAGAGUGUGGUGCCUAGUGUGGCGAUUGCGUCGGUGACCCAGUCGGUAUCCGUGGCGAGUGAGGCCAGUGUGGAUGCGAGUGUUGGUUUGGGAGCGGGGGCUGCUCCGGGUUGGGGUGGGGCUCCGGGAGUACCUCCAGUGGCAGAGGUGCAGCAGAGGGCUGCGGGAUUUGUUCAGCCGCAGGCUGUGGGUUUGAUGGUGCCGUCCUAUUUGGAUAUGUUGGGGCACAUGCAGAGGAUUGGUACGCCGUACUUUGAGGGCGGAGUUAGCCAGAGGCGGCGAGUGGCGUCAGAGAUUGGAGCGGAAUUUCCAGUCUAUCAGAUUGGUUUAGUACCAGUGGGCGGUUUUGAGUCCCACGUUUUAUUCGACUCUGGAGCAUCGAAUUGCUUCAUUACACCGGAGCGUGCCGAGAAGAGUGGCAUCCGGAGUAGCGCGGGCGAGAGCGCGGGCAUGGUCAAGGUGGCGGGAGGUGGAUUCUUGUCUACUUUGGGCCGUGCUAGAGGAGUCGAGAUCGAGAUUGCGGGGCAGUCAAUGCCAGCAGACUUAGUCAUCAGUCCGGUGGAGCUGUAUGACGUUAUUCUCGGGAUGGACUGGUUGUCACACUACAGAGUUCAUCUGGAUUGCUACAGAGGUAGAGUGGUCUUCGAGCGAGAUGCAGGGAGGUUGGUUUAUCAGGGAGUGAGACCGACUUCCGGGAGUAUUGUGAUAUCUGCUAUUCAGGCCGAGCAGUUGUUAGAGCGGGGCUGUGAGGCGUAUCUGGCGACGAUUUCUAUGUCUGAGUCAGGAGCUGGAGUUGUUAUGGGAGAUAUUGAGGUUGUCCAGGAUUUUGAGGAUGUCUUUCAGUCACUGAAGGGAUUACCACCAUCUCGGUCUGAUCCUUUCACGAUUGAGUUAGAGCCGGGGACAGCACCGAUAUCGAAGACGCCUUACAGGAUGGCGCCAGCUGAGUUGGCAGAGCUGAAGAAGCAGAUAGAGGACCUUUUGUCUAAGGGGUUCAUUCGACCAAGUGUUUCACCGUGGGGAGCACCGGUGUUGUUUGUGAAGAAGAAGGAUGGCAGUUUCAGACUUUGUAUCGAUUACAGAGGUCUUAACCGAGUCACUGUGAAGAACAGGUACCCACUCCCGAGGAUUGAUGAGUUGUUGGAUCAGUUGAGGGGUGCUACUUGGUUCUCCAAGAUUGACUUGGCAUCGGGGUAUCAUCAGAUCCCGAUAGAUGAGGCAGAUGUCAGGAAGACUGCUUUCAGGACGCGUUAUGGGCAUUUUGAGUUUGUGGUUAUGCCUUUCGGUUUGACUAACGCGCCGGCAGCCUUCAUGAGAUUGAUGAACGACGUGUUCAGGGAGUAUUUGGACGUGUUUGUCAUCAUUUUCAUUGAUGAUAUUCUGGUAUACUCGAGGAGUCAGGAGGAGCAUGCGACUCACUUGAGGUUGGUUCUGGAGAAGCUUCGGGAGCAGAAGCUUUUUGCUAAGUUGAGCAAGUGCAGUUUCUGGCAGCGAGAGAUGGGAUUUCUUGGCCACAUUGUUUCUGCAGAGGGAGUUUCUGUGGAUCCGGCUAAGAUUGAGGCUAUCAGAGAUUGGCCUAGACCUAGUAGUGCCACCGAGAUCAGGAGUUUUCUGGGUUUGGCAGGAUACUACAGGAGGUUCGUCAAGGGGUUUGCUACCAUGGCGCAGCCGAUGACGAAGUUGACCGGGAAGGAUGUCCCUUUUAUUUGGUCAGCUGAGUGUGAGGAGAGCUUUAGUCAGCUCAAGGAGAUGUUGACUACUACACCAGUGUUGGCGUUACCCGAGCCAGGGAAGCCUUACAUGGUGUAUACAGAUGCUUCAGGCAUUGGUCUUGGUUGUGUGCUGAUGCAGGAGGGCAGAGUGAUAGCAUAUGCUUCGAGACAGUGGCAGGGCAGUGAGCGUAACCGUCCUACACAUGACUUAGAGUUGGGAGCAGUGAUCUUCGCGUUGAAGAUUUGGAGGUCUUACUUGCUAGGUGAGACAGUACAGGUCUUCACGGAUCACAAGAGUUUGCAGCAUAUCUUCACUCAGCCGAUGAUGAACGCGAGACAGACGCGCUGGGUUGAGUUCUUGGCGGAUUAUCAGGUGAGCAUUAACUACCAUCCGGGCAAGGCUAACCUAGUGGCGGACGCGUUGAGUAGACGGAGGUAUGAUUCCGCAGUUGAGCGAGAUGUGGAGUCUCUAGUUGGCGAGAUCAGUACCUUGCGUUUGUGUGCCAUUUCGCAUGAGCCUUUGGGUUUAGAGGCAGUGGAUCAGGCGGAUCUACUUAGCAGGAUCAGAGUUGCUCAGCAGAGUGAUCAGAGUUUGCUAGAUGCGACGAGAGUGACUGGUUCUGAGUAUGAGGUCUCUGCGAAUGGGACUAUCUUGGUUCGUGGGCGAGUUUGUGUGCCUAAGGAUGUGGAGUUGAGACAUCAGAUUUUGGGAGAGGCUCACGCGAGCAAGUUUUCCAUUCAUCCGGGAGCGACCAAGAUGUACCAUGACCUCAAGAGAGCAUCAGGUUCCGGGUGGUCUUUUGCAGAGUUUACCCAUUCCGAGUGGAAGUGGGAUAGGAUUACGAUGGAUUUCGUGGUUGGACUACCUGUUUCGAGGACUUUCGAUGCUAUCUGGGUGAUUGUGGAUCGGUUGACUAAGUCUGCACAUUUCUUGGCCAUCAAGAAGACAGAUGGAGCUGCUGUCUUGGCUAGGAAGUUUGUGCGAGAGAUUGUGAGGCUGCAUGGAGUGCCAGCUAGUAUUGUGUCAGACCGUGAUCCCAGAUUCACUUCAGAGUUUUGGAGGGCGUUUCAGGCAGAGAUGGGCACUAAGGUGCAUCUGAGUACAGCUUAUCAUCCGCAGACAGAUGGUCAGUCAGAGAGGACUAUUCAGACUUUGGAGGAUUUGCUGAGGAUGUGUGUGUUGGAUUGGGGUGGCCAUUGGGCAGAUCACCUAAGCUUAGUUGAGUUUGCAUACAACAACAGCUUUCAGGCGAGUAUUGGCAUGGCUCCAUUCGAGGCUUUGUAUGGGAGGCCAUGUAGGACACCCCUAUGCUGGACCCAAGUGGGGGAGCGCAGCAUGUAUGGAGCUACUUAUGUUCAGGAGACGACAGAGAAGGUUCGUGUUGUGAGGCUGAACAUGAAGGAGGCUCAGGAUAGGCAGAAGAGUUAUGCAGAUAGACGCAGACGAGAGCUUGAGUUUCAGGUUGGAGAUAGAGUUUAUCUCAAGAUGGCUAUGUUGAGGGGUCCUAACAGAUCCAUAGCAGAGAACAAGCUGAGUCCGCGAUUUAUGGGUCCGUUUCCAGUAGUGGAGCGAGUUGGGCCAUUAGCUUACAGGCUGGAGUUGCCUGAGAUUAUGAAAGCCUUUCACAAGGUUUUUCAUGUGUCGAUGCUGAGGAAGUGUCUUCAUCCUACAGAGGAGUUAGUGGCUAGGAUUCCAGAGGAUCUUCAGCCAGAUUUGACCGUGCCGGCAGUGCCUAUGAGGAUUUUAGAGAGGAGGGAAAAGGUUCUGAGGAACAAGAGGAUUCCCUUACUGAGGAUUUUGUGGGAUUGCAGUGGUUCUACAGAGGAGACUUGGGAGCCAGAGGCAAAGAUGAAGUUGAAGUUCAGGAAGUGGUUCGACAAGCAGGUCGAGGAGUGA